AUGGAUCGAUCCAAGUAUACUGUUGGUUGGAUAUGUGCGCUUACCGAGGAAUUUGUUGCGGCACGAGCCUUUCUUGAUGAAACGCAUGAGCGCCUAAAAGACCAGGACCCGAAAGAUUCUAACAAUUAUGCACUAGGCAAAAUGUCUGAUCAUAACGUUGUUAUUGCCUGCCUGCCAUUGGGAGAAUAUGGCACAGCUUCCGCUGCAGGGGUUGCCAUCAACAUGGUUCGCAGCUUUCCUAAUAUUCGCAUUGGGAUGAUGGUGGGGAUUGGUGGAGGCGCCCCUUCAAGACGACAUGAUAUUCGACUUGGUGAUAUUGUCGUAAGCACGCCAGGUGACGGGAAUGGGGGAGUUUUUCAAUACGAUUUCGGCAAAUCGAUACAGACAAAAGAAUUUGUUGAGACUGGCUUCUUGAACCAACCUCCAGAAAUGUUACGGACUGCACUACAAGCCCUGAAGGCUACUUAUCAGCUAGAAGGCCAUACCCUCAUCAACGACGUGGAAAAAGUUCUCCAGGAUAGACCGAGAUUAAAGAAGGCGUAUUGCCGUCCAAAUGUCGUCGAUCGGCUGUAUAAAUCUACCUUUAUACAUUCCAUUCCGUCGGAAGAUUGCAAAUCAUGUGGCAGCGACCCUUCUUAUGUAAAACGACGAGAUCCGCGCGACCAGGAUGAUGAUGACCCGGCCAUACAUUACGGAUUGAUUGCUUCUGGGAACCAAGUCAUGAAGGAUGCCCAAAUCCGCGAUAAACUCGCAAGGCAAAGGGGUGUUUUGUGUUUCGAGAUGGAGGCUGCAGGAUUGAUGAAUCGUUUCCCAUGUCUUGUUAUUCGGGCAUAUACAAAAGACCUUUUACGUCAUCUCAUCCCUGAACAGGUGGUAGCAGGGAAAAGCGCUAUCGAUAUGCUCCAAGGCAUACACGGUCAACUUGAAAGCCUAGUUCAAAAGACCGACAAUAUCAACUAUAAACUCAAUUGGGCAAAAUUAUCAAUUGCUCGCGGAGCUACAUUUGAUUCAUUUGCAACUCAACAUGACGAGGAAUGUCUUCCAGGAACUAGGGCUAAAAUCCUUCAUUUAAUUCGUGAAUGGGCAAUUUCACCACAGGGAAAGUGCAUAUUCUGGUUAAAUGGAAUGGCUGGUACGGGCAAAUCUACCAUUUCACGAACCUUGGCAAAAGAUUUCCAAGAAAAAGGAGCUCUUGGUGCUACGUUCUUCUUCAAAAAAGGUGAAGCAGAUCGAGGAAACGCGUAUAAAUUUUUUCCAACCAUCGCCAAGCAAAUAUAUCAGAAAUUACCCGAGAUCGAUUUAAGAAAGAUCAUUGAAGAACAGCCCGAUAUGUCGAAUAAAGCCCUCUCAAUGCAAUUCGAGACACUCAUCCUUCAGCCGUUAUCAUCCUUGCAUUCAAUUAAUAAUGAGCUUCCGCUGAUGAUAAUUGUAAUUGACGCGUUAGACGAGUGCGAGAAUGACAAUGAUAUUCGAGCAAUAAUCCAGUUGCUUCCACAAGUUCAGGCGACUAAGUCUGUUCGGCUUCGAGUAUUUAUUACAAGUCGGCCCGAGUUACCGAUUCGAUUGGGCUUUGAGCAUGUGGAGGGAGAUUAUCAAGACCUGGUCCUUCAUCAUGUCCCCAUGGCUGAUAUUGAGCAUGAUCUCUCUCUCUUUAUUAACCACAAGCUUGAUGGUAUCCGAAGAUCCAGAUCUCUCCCUGAAGAUUGGCCUGUAUUAGACCGGCUAUGUUCAAAAUAUGGCAAAAAUGGGAGACAAAAGCAGUUCAAGCAAGUUCAGGAACUGGUUAGCGCGAUUGUUCUCUUUGAGAACCCGCUGUCUGUUAUCGCACUCUCAAAUCUUAUUGACAUUCCCACUACGACAAUCAAGAUAAGAUUAAAUUCACUACAUUCCGUUUUGAACAUUCCAAUUGACGAAACUGCGCCAAUACGGUUAUUCCAUCUAUCAUUUCGUGAUUUCUUGCUGGAUUACGAAACACGUGAAAAGACUGCGCUUUGGGAACAUUUGCUUCAUUGGAUAGAAGCAAUGGGUAUAUUAGGAUUGGCUUCAGAUGUUAUUCACGCUAUUCAGAAUUUGCAAUCUGUUGCCCAGGGUGGUCAAAAUCCUAAGAUGCUAGAACUCCUGUACGAUGCCAGACGGUUUAUUCUUAAAUUUAGACAUCUAGCUGGUGCUGCGCCUCUUCAGCUUUAUAUUUCCGGUCUUUUAUUCUCUCCCACAUGCUCAAUGAUCCAAAAACUUUUCGUUCAGGAAAAACCAGAUUGGAUAUCAAUAUCAAGAAACAUCGAUGCUAACUGGGACGCUCAACUACAAACACUUGAAGGUCACAAGGAUGAUAUUGUAUUCAUUGCGAUUUCUCCUGACGGAGUUCUACUUGCAUCUUGCGGCAGAGAUAAAACUGUAAGAAUUUGGGAGGUUGCCACUGGCGCUGUGCGACAAACGAUUAAGGGUCGAAGCCAAGUGGUAUUUUCACCAGAUAAUCAGUUCCUAGCGAUCGGUCAUGCUAAGGGCACAAUACUUUGGGAUAUUACCACACAGCGCGUGCACAAAGAAAAUUCCAAUGCAGCUAAUAUUAUGGCCUACUCUCCAGAUGGCAGGAUGCUAGCAUCUACGUUUUAUAACAGAACCAUUGAGCUUUGGGAUCUUGAUGUGGAAUUUACGAAACAAGAGUCUCGCUCAAGAGCGAUCAAAGAGAUUGAGUUCUCCUCAGAUGGCAAACUGGUUAUCUCCUCCUCUAGCAAUGGCAUUAAUGUCUGGAAUCCCUCUCAAGAGAAUCUGGAGCAGGAUUUUAACGAUUACUACCUGGCUUAUGGUAGAGACGAUGUCAUGACACUCUCUGCAGAUGGACGAUUUCUCGCAUAUCCUUUUCUCACCCCACCCGUCUUUCCUGACACUUUCAAGCACGUUGAGGUACGGGACAUAAAAGCGGGCAUCAACUGGACUAUCAGGAUGAAUGACAAAUAUGGCCAACAACUGGCUGUCUGCUUCUCUGGUGAGGGUGGCGACUGUGUUCGUGCCGUCAAGAUUUGGGAUUGCACUACAGGGGUAUUGCUAAAGACUCUUGAAUCUUGCCUAUGGCAGCUUACGUGUGUGGCCUUUUCCAUAAAUCGCCAACUACUAGCGCGUGAGAAGUGGUUUGAAAAUAUCAAUGGUUUGAGGGGCCCAGUUUAUGGUCCUAUCAUUGAGCCUUGGAAUUUGGGCACAGGCAAGUUGCACAAGGGCCUGGAAGGAGAGGGUGGCAGAGUCCCUGAGAAUGCCGUGCCAAUCAGCCCUCCUCCAAUAGAGGACCUAGAAUUUCUCAGAUUUCAAAACCGAUAUGUUCAACGCCAGGAGAUUACAGUAUUCGAAAAUGAGUGGGUUUGUUUCCAAGGCCGUAAGAUCUUAUGGCUUCCCCUUAAGUAUCGAGCAACUUGCUCUGCUGCAAAUGAUGCUACUCGUACUGUUGUUCUUGGGCAUGAAUGGGGAGGAGUUACAUUUAUAAAAUUUUCCAGAUGUACUGAUCUCAAAAUUUAA